AUGUCGUUAAAAGGCAGCUUUGAGGAGUUUACACCUGAUAUCACUGUUGAUGAAAAAAAGGAAACCUACAGGUUCCACUGCUCCGGUCCAGGCCUGUACCAGUGCAGUGUGACAGGUCUGGUGUUUCACAUGGAGGGAGAAGGGGACGUGGAUUACAGGAUUGUCCCCUGGAACCGCAGGCUACUGGCCCAACAUCACAAGAAGCCUGCAGGACCCCUGUUUGACAUCAAAUGUUUCCAGCAGUCUGUGUGUCAGCUUCAUCUCCCACACUGUGAGAUCCGCUCCACAGGUGGAUGUAAAUUCUUGAAAGUUGCUCAUGUGAUUGAUGAGGGCAUUGAGUAUAUAACUCCUCAUAAUAUAACAGAAACUCAUGUUAUUAUAACCAUCACAGAGUUUUCUGGUUUUGGUAAUGUAAAGGAUGAAGACUCUACUUCUGACCAGAUCCGAGCGCUGGUGCUGCUGUUCUACAGACCUCCAACUGAUCCUGAUCCUGAAUCUGUCCUCAAUGUGUUGUUGCUACCAAAGAACAUUGUGAUGCGUGAUGUGCUGCGCAUCAGGAAGGAGUUAUUUGGAGAAGAGAGGUACAUCGGGACAACCCCAAUGUGUGAACUGCUUCCAAAGCAGAAAUACACACUGUCCACUAGUCCUGAUGAUGACUUUGUUCUAGUUCAACCAAAGAAAGCUACAUUUUAUGAGGAGCUUGACAGAAACUAUUUUCCAUCGUUACAGGUAAUUUUCAAACAAAUCAUGAAACGUAUUACGCUGUUUUUAAUAGAAACCAACAGCUCUCGCAAUGUCUGGGAAAGCGAAGUUUUUCUUACGCCCACUGAAGUAAGGAAUUCCCCAAGACAGAGUUCUCUGAGUCUCCCUUCCACUAAGAGACUGAUGGACAUACGGACCGGCUUCAUCGAUGGGAUAUCAGGACCUGUUCUCCAAAGUCUGCUGGACAAGCUGUUUGAAAAAAAGGUGAUAACUGAACCUGAGAGGGAGUCAGCGGACGACAUGCAAAAAAAAAGAGAUACGGCUCGUUUUGUCAUCGACACGGUGAGGAAGAAAGGUGAAGCUGCGAGUUCAGAGAUGAUUGAGUUUCUCUGUGAGAUCGACCCCUUCCUCUGUAAACAUCUUGGGUUGAUCUGA